GUGACUGAAUCACUAGUCAGUGCUCCUCUGGAUCAAUUUGUCUGGGAUCUUAAAAAAAAGGGAACAAAAAAAAUACAGACCUUUAUUUUCUUUCUUUUCUGUAUCUGGUUGAUUAUUAUUUUUUUAUAUGUUUAUAUUUUUGGGCUUUACUUAUACAACAAAGUGGAUGUAAUAUUUGGUGGAUCUUUAGUCCAAAAUGCUGCUGGUUUCCCAGCGCAUAGAAGGACCACGCAUGGAGCCUUAUAUGACACUACAAGGAUCCAUAAAGCGAAAAUUGGAAGAUGACAGUUCCCCUGUAUCCUCUGGAAUGAAUGAUUUAAUUUUUCCAAGUGACAACAAGAGACUUUGUCUUGAUGAUGUGACACUUUCUAUGGGUCAGACCCAAAGUACCAGCUCUAAUAUAUCGUGUACAGAACUUCAAAACUCCCCUUUCUCCACCAAUCACAGCUCUUCAUCCCUCGGAGUUAGUGGCCAUCCUGGUUUGCUUGAGAAUAACCACAUGAAUGGAAGAGGUAUGGCUUCUCCAUUUUCUGUCUCACAAAAUACUGAAAUGGGUCAGAAAGGGUCCUAUGAGGAGAAGGCAGGCAACUUGCAUUCUGUAGAUCAAGAGUUGCAGGAUCUGCUGGAGGAACUCACUAAAAUGCCUGACCCUUCUCCAAAUGAUUUGGAUAUUGAGAAGAUAUUGGGAAGUAAGGUAGAAGAGCCAAUUGUUAUAAGUCAUUCACAGCCAACUUUGAGUACAACACCCAAACUCUCACCACAAACAGCAUCUCACAUGGACAAUCACAUUUCUAACAAGGAUUUUUCUACUGGUUGCAACCCUGCCAGUGCUGGUUCACCUCAAGUUAGACCAUCGUCUGCUGGAACAAAUUACUCUGUUCCUCCAGCAAGUAAGCCUGUUCAGUCACCCAUUCCAUCAACUCAAAAUAAGAGUCAAACCCAGUCUAUGUUACCUGUGUCUAUGACUAAUAUGCCAGGUGCAAACUGGCAUGCACAACAGCUAAAGCAGCUGGCUGCAAGCAAACAAGGGACAUCAACCAAGCAACAGGUUCAACCUACUAACUGGCCAACUAUCUCACCUACAGGUCUGUCCCCUCCUUAUAGGUCUGGGUCCUCCCCUCAACAGUCUUUCAGCCCUCAAAAUGUUAUGGUGUCUGGAAUUGCUCCUAGCAGCUUACAAGGAAAUAAUAUACAAGGUUCCCAGAACCCAUUGAUCAGCAGUAUGAGUUCCACCAGCAAUCAAACCAGCAGACCUUCUCCCCCAUAUGUGUCUGAAAAGAUUUCAAGUCCAGCUCUAAACCAGCAGCCUUUCAGCCCUCAGAAUUCAUUGUUGCCUAAUAUGACCACAAACAAUCUUCCGGCAAACACCAUUAAAAGUCCCCAAAGCAACAUGGUGUCUAGCAUGACAUCUUCCAGUGCUGGGCCUUCUCCGCCAUAUCAGCCUGAAAAACUUUCAAGCCCAUCAUUGAUUCAGCAGCCAUUUAGCCCACAGAAUUCCUUGAUUUCUGGUAUCACCCCCUCUAGCAGCCAGUCUAGUAUGCAGAGCUCGCUUUUCAAACCUAUGUCCACCAGUCAACCUAAAAAUAUCAAUAUGAUUAUGCAGCAACCUUCUAAUGGCUUACAGACUGGUAUUGUAAAUGAAACACCAGUGGUUCAUGAUCAGUUCAAUUUUAAUAACACCAAACCGCUAUCACAUUUUGCACCUGACUCUGCUUCCCAGAAGAUGAACCUGUCUCCUAGUCCUGGGUCGCUAAUUCAUUAUCUCCAGCAGCAGCAGCAGCAGCAGCAGCAACAGAACCCAGCAGUGCAACAGCCUCAGCAAGUCAGCAACAGCCAGUUCUUGCAGCAGCAGUUACGGCAGCUGAUGCAGCCAUCGAGAAUACAGAGACAAAUGCAACCCUCCAAUUUGCCUGCUCAGAAUAGACAGGAUCCGAAUGUUGGAAUGAUUCCCAGAUUGCAGGAACCAGGCUCAAUAACAAAUUCAGGUUCUGUGCCGGCUCCACCUACAGCUAAUGGCUACAUACGAAAUGCUAUCUUGAAGGAGCAAAUAAUGAGGAGACAGAUGAUGCAGGUGAAGCCUAGGCAGAAUAUGAUGGGUGUACCAUCUGAACAACGCAACUCUUUUGUGGCUCAGCAGAUGAGCCAAUUUCAAGCACUUCCACAAACUGUUCGUUCUGGCUGUGUCCAGCCAAUGGCAACACCUCAACAGAACCAUCGUAUGAUAACAUCAGCUCAAGGACUAAUCCAAAACAGUAUGGGUUCUGGAAUAACUCCUCCAACCAUGAGCCAGAACAGUGGGGCCAUGGUAAUGAUGCCACACAACAAUGGGAAGCAGCAAGGAAUAUUUCCACCUUCUAGUGAUUUUAAUAUCCCUAUUCGACAAAGCCAGAAUCCGUUGAGUAUGACCUCUGGCUGUCAAACAGUACACACUCAACCAACGGUUCGACCUGGAAUGACAUUAUCGGGUUAUGCUUCCAGCUCAUUAACAAAUCAUUCUGCCACACAGCAACAUUUACGGCAGUCCAACAUUUCACGAAUUCCCAACGUCUACGCCAAUUCCUCUUCUCAGAUGUGGACGCAGGCUGGAGUUUCAAGGAUAUCAAGUCAAAACCAAAUGGACCCUGGCAUGCAGCAAUUUCCUAACAACCCAUUAUUUUCUAAACAAAAUGUCAGACCAAAUAUGUCAAACCAAUUUCCACACCAGGCUGUGGUUCCUCCAAAUCAGAUAGCCCCUGGAGUCCAAAUUAGACAAAUGCAAAAACUUGGUUUAGCCCAGGGAAACCAGGCUGUAUCGUCUAUCAACAGUUCUACAAUGGGGAACAGUAUCUCAAGAGGACAAUUAGCAGCUAUUAAUGCUAUGAAAUCUUUGCCUCAAGGUGUAAACACAUUUAAUCAACUCAACCCUGGGCAACUUGGUCCACCUUCCUAUGUACCUUCAUCAUUGCAGGCACAAGAAAACUUUGAGAGGAUAAGUUCUGGGGCUGAGCUACACCAGUAUGACUUUGGCACUGCACAAAAUAGCUCUAUCUUGUCUGCCAACUGUAAUGAAGCAGACUUUAUUGAUUGCCUAAUGAAAGGUGGCAGCACUUGCAGCACAGAUGAAGACUGGUUAAACAAUUUAACAAUGCUGGAUGACAUUUUGGGACAACAUACCCAAAACCCUGGCCCUGUCUAGUCUAUAGUCAGAUGAACGUUUCUGUCAGUUAUACAACUUGAAUUCAAUACUUUAACCUAUUGGUUAACAUUGACAGUUGUUUUUUUCCUGAUACUUGUAAAUAUUUAAAUAUUUUCUAAAUUAUGUUUUCCAAAAAAAAACAAUAAAUAGAAGUAUUACUACUUCUGUGAGUGACUGUACAUAAAAUGAUAGCAUAAUGUUUUGUUACAUUAUAUAAUUUUCAUUUAUAAAACCUUGUUUUAAAUAUGCAAAAUAUUAUUAUCGUUAGUUUCAGUAAUACUAUGUAUUACAGCCUAAAAUAACUGUUAUGUUUUUGGCAUAACACAAUGUAGGGGUGUGACGGAAACUAAAUUAAAAUCUAUAUGUUCACAAAACAUUGUUAGGUUUGAUAAAUGGAUCUGCCAUGAAAUGGAAUAAUCAUUGAUUUUGAUCUGCGGUAAGGGAAAGGAGUGUUUUGUUUUUUUAUAUCAAUUAUCUUUUAUUUACCUUUACCACAGAUUUUAUAACUGGUUUCAAUUUGGCAUAACCAUUAUCAAUGAACAUUAUCAAUUAGUUCAGUGAAAUGACAUAAAACAAAAAACAAAAUGGCCAAACUAGACAGAAACAUGAUUUUCCACACCUUUCAAUAUAUUUGUAGUUUACAGGUGACUUGUUUUCUGAUUGAAAGGCUUUUUGUUCACAAUUAUGUUUUACUGAAAAAAAACUUUAUUUGAAAGAAAAAGCCUAGACAUGAAUUUUGUCAAUUUUGUCUAUGAUGUUUUCUGUCAGCUACUAUUGUCCUAUGUAUAUUUAAGAGUCUGUUUAUAUAAAAAAAAAUCCACUGUACUGUAAACUUCAAAUGUUCAUACUUUUUUGUGUAAUCAUAUUUUAAUAGUCACACCAUAUUUCUGUAAACAUUUGUAAUAUAACUUCAGCUCCAAGCACAGAAUCAAUGAUGUUUGUUUUCUUCAUACAGUACCAUAAUAAAUAGCCAGGGGAAAAUG